GAGAGCGGAGACGGCGAGGCCGCAUAGCCAUCUCUCUCUUCUCCUCGUCGGCCUCCUCUCUCUCUCUCGCUCCCACCAAAGGAAAGAUCUGAUCUUCGAACAUGGUGAGCGGGUCUUCCUUGACGUCGACGUCGACGCCGAGCAUUUCCCUGCUCAAGGACGAGCUCGACAUCGUGAUCCCGACGAUCCGCAACCUGGACUUCCUGGAGAUGUGGCGCCCCUUCUUCCAGCCAUACCACCUCAUCAUCGUCCAGGACGGCGACCCCAGCAAGACGAUCAGGGUCCCCGACGGCUUCGACUACAAGCUCUACAACCGCAACGACAUCAACCGCAUCCUCGGCCCCAAGGCCGCCUGCAUCUCCUUCAAGGACUCCGCCUGCCGCUGCUUCGGUUACUUGAUCUCCAAAAAGAAGUACAUCUUCACCAUCGACGACGACUGCUUCGUUGCGAAAGAUCCAUCCGGCAAGGAGAUUAAUGCACUUGAGCAACACAUAAAGAAUCUCCUUUCCCCAUCAACCCCAUUCUUCUUUAAUACUCUAUAUGACCCUUACCGUGAAGGUGCAGAUUUUGUUCGCGGCUAUCCUUUCAGCCUUCGUGAAGGAGUACAAACUGCUGUUUCUCAUGGUCUCUGGCUUAACAUUCCUGACUAUGAUGCCCCGACACAACUUGUUAAACCUCUUGAGAGAAAUAAAAGGUAUGUUGAUGCGGUUCUCACGGUGCCAAUGGGAACAUUAUUUCCCAUGUGCGGGAUGAAUCUGGCAUUCAAUCGUGAGCUUAUUGGCCCUGCAAUGUAUUUUGGACUCAUGGGUGAUGGUCAGCCUAUUGGACGUUAUGAUGAUAUGUGGGCAGGAUGGUGUAUGAAGGUGAUCUGCGACCACCUAGGCUUGGGCGUGAAGACAGGCUUGCCCUACAUUUGGCACAGCAAGGCGAGCAAUCCUUUUGUGAACCUUAAAAAGGAAUACAAGGGGAUCUACUGGCAAGAAGAGCUGAUCCCCUUCUUCCAAACUGCUGUCCUUCCCAAGGAGUGCACCACAGUACAGACGUGUUAUCUUGAGCUCUCUAAGCUGGUCAAGGCAAAGCUUGGAAAGGUGGAUGACUACUUCAAUAAGCUCGCCGAUGCCAUGGUCACAUGGAUUGAGGCUUGGGAUGAGCUCAACCCAUCUGAGAAUCCUGGCAGUUCAGCUGCUGUUAAACCCAAUGGCGCUGCUAAGGGUAAAUAGAAUAUAUUGCGUCCAAAGUUUAUCACCUAAUCCACCACAAUUCUUCAGUUAGGAUCAUUGGACUUCAGCAUAUCCAUACGCAAUUAUUUUCAUUUUCACUCUCUUUUUAACUCUUCUCAAGUACCCUUUAUGGUGGCUUGGUAUUUUGCCCCUCCCAUUUAGUGAACUCAGUGUUUUCUUAUACUUGGACUACAAUAUGACAAUAAAGCACUUUAUCCCCCAGUUGCUGGUUA